AUGCGCACCGCAAAAACGGCGCUCGAUACGCGGUGCACGCAGCCAGCGGGCGUCCGCUGGAGAUCGCAGCUUCGCUUCGACGUGAAGCUGUGCGACGCGCACCAAUGUUCUAAAAAAACAAUUCCUCCUUCAACUGAAGCUCACGCACCGCUCACUGUCUCAGGAAUGGGUGGGUGCUAUUCACUUUUAGACGGUAGACAUGACACAGGACAGUUCGAGGUGAUUGUUCCAGUGGACCUUUUCGUCUAUGUUCCUGGGCGCAAGUACACCCGAGCACUAGAGGCAACAGCAGCGGACACUGCGCUCUCGUUACGCCAACGGUACGUUGCAGCAGACAGUGCGGGGGCGUCGAAGGCGACCAGGGUUCACGUCAAAAGGCUGACGCGUUCUCGCGUUGCGAAAUAUUUGCAAGCGCUUUCCAAAGAAGACGCCUCGGCCGAGGAAAAUGCCAAGUACGCCUGGACGGGGUUGCUUGCGUCAGGGGAUCGCUUUCAUAAAGGCGAUAGCGGCUUCGAAGUGGUGAACGUUGUGUACGCACUGGCGUUAUCGACGCUGAUGCGAGCCAAGCGGGUAGCGAGCGAUCCAGAAGGGGAGCUCACGGACAGCGUCUUUGAUCCGGAACGCAUCCCGGAUCAGGACUCGAAACGCCGGAACGGCAGUCGGAAGCAGAGCGCACCCCGCAAAGCGCCAGCGUGGGAUACGCGGCGCGAACGCGUUCAACAGUUGCUUGUUGAAGCAGCAGAAGAGCUUCAAGCUCUGAAGGAGAUUCGGAACGAACAUUACCCCAAUGAAGAGGCAGUAUCCGCGCUUCCAGUUGAUCUCCAGGAUGCCGUGAUUGACGCGCUGCUGCUCCAGUGUCUGGGGCACGCGGAGAUGGUGGCAGUUGUGCGGGGAUUUCGAGCAAAGCUUCCCAAAGCAACUGCCGGCACACUACCGCAACAUGAAGAUCUAAGCGGCUGGGCAGCGUCUGCGCACGCGGCAAUGGCGCGCUUCGAGGAAGCGCUCACUGUGCUGGAGGACAUCACACCCACCGAUGCGCAUUCGCGGACAGAGGUCGAUGGAGAGCGUUUACAGGGGUGGGUAGAGUAUCUGCGGUUUCGGCUGCGGACGAGCACUGCGUGGGCACGUAUGCUUCAGGGAAUGAGCCUAUGGUCCCAGGAUGAGACCGAGAAGCAAAACCGCGGGGCAGCACUCGCCGCCUGUCAUGACGGGUUCGAAACCCUGGAGGCGGCUCGCAGGCACGUGCACAAAACCUGGUGCGGUCGGGAGCGAACCCAGCGCGAAAGCGUUUUAACCGCGCUCACCCAGCUGGAGAUGCAGUUUAUGAGGAUAUACGAACCCAUAGCCAACCAGAACAUGAAUAUCUAUCUGGUUGGGAGGGAUGAUCAGCCACCAGCUUUACCUACCGCACAGCCGAUGAUUCCGGAACCAGCUGCUUGGCUCUGGUCCAGUGCAGCCGAGGCAGAACCCAGUUCGGAGGCAAGUCUAGCUCCAGAGGCAUCCACAGAGAUAUCCGUUGUCGAGGGAAAGCACGAAAACCAGAAUUCGCUCUGA